CAAACAAAGCAGCAUGGCUUCUACGGCUGCACAACAAACGCCGGCAGAUGACUUUAGUCGCCUUUUUGCUGGUCUUUCGGCCCUCGUGACAACCCCGGACAGGGACAAAAUCUUCAAGAGCGUCGAUUCUUCGCUGCAAAUGAACAUUUCCGAGGCGAUCGUCGCUCUAGGAAGGGAAAAGUUGCACCAAUGCUUGGCACCUUUGAUAGAAAAAUUCGGCCCCAUUCCAGAGGAUGAAAAAAACCCUUCGGAAACAAGUUGGGACUUUUCUUGUUUAAUAUUGUGUAUUUUCCUCCAGCUCAAUGUGGAAACGCUGCUGUCCGUUCAGCAGAAAACCCUGCUUAAGUCGGCUGCCCAGUUUUUAAGCGCCCUCGGGAUCGGACCCUUUCUGCAGCCAGGCGUUGGAGUCCCUUUGGAGUCAAGGUGCAACGCCCCAGUUACCUUUCCCAGGAACAACCCCGACAAACUCGGAUAUCUUUUAAAGGUUUUACUGUUCUUGAUGGAAGACAAGAAGACCGAUUUGAAUCCUAUUUUGUCGUCGAACCUCCUUUUGGACGUGCUGGCUGGACUUUUUCAACUGUCCCAGGAGGAUAGAAAGUUCAAAGUAUUGACUGGAAAAUUCGUCAGGUCGAUUCAUCAGCCCACAGUGAUAAGACACCUGCUUAUGCUGCUCAAGCCAAAUCCAAAGACUCCAAAGUGGUGUCUAAUCACAACUAGCAGUCAUUUGAAUAAAUGUCUCAUGGCACCUGGAGGCGUGAUUGCCACAGUCAGGGCGCUGCAUGACGUAGACAGCGAGCAGAGUGUCAUUGACAAGUACAGUAAAACAGCCAGGAUCAUCCUCCAGCCAGAUUUUACUAAAAACGAGGAGUAUUACAAAAAUCUUUGUCCUCAGGUUCUGGAACUUCUUGCCUCAGGACAAGAAGAGUACAAAAAGGUAGCAUCCGAGAUGGUUCAGCAGCUAUACCAGAAGAAUGAGGAAUUCUGUCGGAAGGAAAUUUUUACUCAAAUUUGUCAGGUUUUCAAUCAAGACUUUGGUGACUUGGAAGGGAGUUUUGUACUAGACGCUGACCAGGAGAAGAAUUUGACAUUUUCAGUGCAAACUUUGCUGCUGUUGAUAUCCCAUUCGAAAAUCAGUCCUGACUGUUUGAAAAAUUACUUCCCUAAUUUCUGUGCCUUUUACUUGGCGACAAGGAAAACUGGCGGCACACCAAGUAUGAGAGCUUUGACGAAGGAACUUCUGUCCCAGGUAAUCAUGCAGGCCGAAGAGACUGAAAUUUGGCAAACCAUCGCCACCUUGCCAGAAGAGUGCCUUGAAUCUCUUUCAGAAGAGUCUUCCGUUGCCCAGGCCCUGUUUUCAAAUUUCCUCAAACGAUUUUCUUCUUGUACAGAUCUCGAGGAAAAGAUCCUUUUGGGAAGCCUUCUCGGAGCUCUGGCAGGACUGCCCAGUGUGCAGAAUGAGUUCAUGAAGAACCCAAGUCAGCAGUUCAUCGACCUACUGAAGAAUUUGCUGGAAAAUGAAAAAAGUGAAAUUUUAGAACUAGCAUUGAUGCUUUUGAUGGCCAUCAUCAGUCAGAGUGAAGAAAAUCUGCGAAAGUGUCAGGUGUUGCUACCUGCUGUGAAAAAACUCAGAGACUUUAAACACGGUUCGUCUGAAACUCAAACUAUGAUCGAGCAAAUUUUCAUGAUCAUUGCCACAUUUGGAGCGGUCAGUGGAGACACUUUGCUGGUCGAAGAGAAACUCAAGGACAUGUUGAAAGAGAAGAAAAAAGUAGAGGAGGUUAUGAAUCCAAGUGCAGGUCCUGCUCAGUUGAGCUUUGAGAAUUCCUUAGCUGAAGUCGAGGACGAAGAAAUUCCUGUGAAAGGUCAUGGAUUUUUGAGUUUGACCAAAUUGAUCCGGAAAAAGGAUGCCAAGACAAGAGUUAAGACUGACGAACUUUUUAUGUUGGGUCUGAGAGGAAUGGAGCAUGAAGAUUCUUAUGUUUACCUUGCUGCAAUUGGAAUGAUAGGCGCACUGAUUCUGGAAAAUUUGUCCUUGCUGCAGAAGCUGGCCGAGAAGUACAACCAAAGUGAGCUCAGCAUCAGUUUGAGGAACAGAAUAGGAGAAUCUCUACUACAAGUUUGCAAAGGCCUAGGUGAAGUAGCUGCCAGCCAACGACAGAUUUUACUGAAUGCAUAUCUUGUGGGUGCCAAGGAUCCGAAUCCAGUCCAUCGUGCUUCUAGUCUUUCAAAUUUGGGUGAAGCUUGCAAAGUUUUGGGCUUCCGAGUAAGCGGAGACAUUCAAGAGAUCCUGACGUGCGCACAAGGUCUUUCUACUUCGGAUCCCGACAUCCAUGUUCGAAGAGCAGCUGCCUUGUUGCUGGCUCUCCUUCUGCAAGGUCUUGGCACCCAGGCAGUUUCCACGCUUGGUUCAUCGUCUCUGGAAGUGUACCGCACCAUGAAACAACUUGCCCAAAGUGAGGACCAAACUCUGCGUCUUCAAGCGCAGCUGGCACUCGAAGAGCUGAACAAAGGUAUCAAAGACAGCAUUUUUGAGCCGAAACCGAUGGAAAAGCACAUUUAUAUCACUUCUGCACCUCCAAACUAAGUACAAUAAAUUUCCAAUUAUAAUAUUUAUGCUGAUGAAAUAAGUAUAGUU